UGCUCUGGAAGAUUCGAGAUCAUAUAAGAGCAUCUUUAUCCCUGUCUCUUAGAUAGGUUUCUUAGUGUAAUUGGGCUUUAAAAAAAAAGAAAAAAUGUAAUAACCACAGGAGACGUCUCUUGAUUAAGCACUGGAAGAGACGCCUCUUCUCUUCCUCUCUUCCUCUCUCUCUCUUCCACUCUGUCUCUCUACACUCCCUGUCUCCUUCCAUUGUUAAGGUUUCGUUUGUUCAAAGUUUUAUCCUUUUCAUCUCAAUUCUUCUCUGUAAUCAUGUAACAAUCAGAGGAAAUGGAUUCCAAUUUAUGGAUUAAUUGUCUUUUUUUUUUGUCUGCGAGGAUGGUAUCGCUAAGCUGGAAGCACCACACGCUAAUUCAGGCUUUGUCAUUUGCUUUCAACUUACUUCAAUUCAAGGUGUUUUGGUGACAAAGUGACAAGAAUUUGAGAUGGGUUCUGAGAAUUUUUUCAAGGCAAUAAUUGGUUCAAAGAAAGGGAAACAAACAAAGGGACUUUCUACUGCUAUAAAGUCAAAAACUUCCAAGAAGAAGGGUACUCAUGCUUCAUCACUAGUUGUUUGUAGCGAGGAUUGGGCUGCAACUAGAAUCCAGACUGUUUUUUUCUUGGUUUUAUUUUUCUUGGUGCCUGUAGUAAGGUGCUUACAUCACGGAAGUGGCCUUCCAUUGAGCUUUCUCGAACCGUUAUUUUUUAUGAUGCUUGAGAUGUGGUUUCUUGCAGGUGAAGGAUCUUAGCUUGUUGAUAUGAUGAGAGAAAAUAUAUAUGAAGCAAAGUGUCUGUCAUCCGAUACCUCAAGAGUAACUCGUCCUUCUUAACCUUUGUGAGUGUGGAUACUCUUUACAGAUUUAGCCUUGAGUAGAUUUCUUUUUAGCUGCCUUUUGUAAAUAGAUACUUCUUGUUGAAAUGCAUAUUUGAUUA